AUGUCUACUAUGUCUAUGUCUUCAGUAAACCCUUCCUCCAUUAAACCAAUAUCUCUCGAUGAGACAGAAAAUAUCGAUCCACUUGCAUCCCGAAAGAAAUUGAAUCAAAGUAUGAGGAAGACACUAGGUUCCAAAAUAACUUCAUAUAGAUUAACGGGUGCAAGUCCUGGAAAGGGUCCUUUAUACUAUUUGGUGCGUCCAAACGAGUUACGAGAUAAUCAUCCCGUAUGGCAUUAUUUCUACUUGUGUACCUUGAUAUUUGCAGCAUUCGUGGCGUUAUUCGUUGGACCUGUUCUUUUUGGAUUGUUGGCAGCAGUUGGGGGCAUUGGGACUCCUUUUAUCUUAUCAAUUAUAGGAAGUGGAAUUGGAUUAUUACUAGGGUUGAUAUUUGGUGUAAUUUUCGGUGUUGUAUGUAUUGUUGCCUUGGUUCGAGUUGUUGGUUGGGCAGCUGAUCGGGUUUUGGAAACCCUUUCGUUUGGUGGGAAUGAUUUAUGGGAUUUGACGAAACAGCAAAUUUUGAUGCUGAUUGCUGAUUCCCAAGAAAAUCAUUAA